CUGGAGAGAAGGACGCAAGCUGUUGGGGAUAAUAGUUGGAGCGAGAAAGCAACAGAGAGUGUCAUCGGCAGUGGGCCGCAAAGAGCACCCGGUUGCAAGAAAUCUUGUGUAUUUCCUCCACAUAUACGUUUCAUUUGCAGUUUGUUCUUGAAAUUGCAACAACGUUGGGGCGAGCUGGAGAAAAACUUUAGUACGUGAGUUCACGAGCAAAAAAUUGAAUUUAUUUGCAGCAAAAAUUUACAGAACUGAUUAAAGUGGCACGCACUGAAUUGUCUUAAGUGUGUCAAAAAGGGGAAAGAGCAAAGAUAUUUAAAUAAAUUUGUGAUAAAUUCGAACAAUUUUGGAACUUAAAAGUCUGACUAAUACGAAAGAAAAAGCUAUUUCGAUAGAAAAAUCGAGUGUAAACGUAUCAGCAUUGAAAAGGAUUGAAUUAUUAAAAGAGAAAACAAUUUAAAUUUGUGGAUUGUGAAAAUCAAUAAGUUAACGGGAGGCUGUCAGAGCAUAUAAUUAAAAUCGAAGCAUAUAAUCAUUUUAAAAAAUGGAUAUCAAUUUUGCCGACUUGAAAAAGGAAGCAGCUGCUACCGCUGAGGACGUUUUCACUCACACCGCCGAUGCAGCAAAGCAAGCAACAAAUGCCACAUAUGACUUACUAAGUGGUGGUGGCGGACGCGGGUCGACGGGCGCACAAGAUGAUAACUCGCACACAGAGCACUACUUUGCCAAUGAGCAGAAGGACAUUGAUUUUGAACACGUAGAUCCUCAAGCUUUCGUACAACGCAUGUCUGCUGGUGCGAAAGAGGCGCAGGAGCAGUUGGAUGCCAAAUUUGCACAGCAUUCAAAUGAUUUCGAUGAUUUUUUCUCCAAUGCCUCCAAGGAUGUACAUUCCUUUGGCCAACAACUGCAGCAUGAUACCAAACAGGGUAUACAUGACUUCAUGAAUGCUGAGCGUAGCUUUUUUACCGGCGCUGGCGAUGCAAACAAACCAGCUACUGAAUUGCCAGCUCGUACAGCGGAACCAGCACCAGCAACAGCAACAGCACCGGCACCAAUUGUGCCCAGCAAAAUAGCUGAGCCCACUGUAAAAGAAGAUGAUUUAUUAAAUUUCAGUGCUAGUGAUGCCGCACAACAGCAUGCACCACUACAACCAUUCACCGAAGAUUUCGAUGCCAACUUCGCACCUUCUGCACCUGCAGCGCCUGCAACAAAAACAAAUACUUUCUAUGACGAUGACCUAGUUGUUGGAAAGUCAUCGCAUUCCGCUUCGGCUUCCAACAAGGACUCCGAUACAGAUUCCCCUUCGCUGUCGUGUAACCCAUCGCCGGCAAAGAAGAAUCCAGUAACUGCUGCCCUCAAAGAGCAGGAUAAUGAUAAAUUUAUUUCUUCUGAAGAUCUACUUGGCGAUUUCAAAGAAGAACGCCCUGUAUCAUCCGAAUUCCAAACAAAAACGAAUAUUGUUAAACCAGUAACAGAUUUGGAUGCAGAAGAGGACGUCGUCCCUAUCGCCUCUGCACAGGCCAAGCAUUCUGAAGUUGAAAAAGUUAAAGACGAAGUAGUGCCGAAAAAUACGGCGCCGUUAGUUCCGACACCGGCAGCUAAUGCUCCUGCUGCAGCUGCAUACAAGACAGCCGCAGUUAGUGAGCCCAUUGCUGUUAAACCGCUCGCUCCAACCGUAACAAACACGAUCUCCUCUAAGAAGGAGACAGUUGAAGCAGGCAAACCCAAAGCAGCGCCAGCAAUCCCUGCAAGGGAGCACAAACCAUCGCAACAACAUGCGGAUCAACCCAAAAUAGUUUCCGUCGAAGAGAUAUUCUACAAAUAUGGAUUGGAUGCCUGGUUCAAGCCGGAACGCUUACAUCCACGAGUGGAGUCUCUGAUCUAUUGGCGAGAUGUUAAGAAGUCUGGUAUUUUCUUUGGUGCUGGUCUCGUCAUCCUCCUCGCCAUCUCAUGUUUCUCCGUCAUUAGUGUUUUCGCCUACCUGUCAUUACUGACAUUAGCCGGCACAGUAUGCUUCAGGAUCUACAAAUCAGUGAUGCAGGCCAUACAGAAGACCCCUGAGGGUCAUCCCUUCAAAGAAUAUCUCGACAUCGAUUUGACUCUGUCGCAAGAGAAGGUCCAAAAUAUCGCUGGCGUUGCUGUGGCACAUGUGAAUGGAUUUGUUGCAGAGCUGCGACGAUUGUUCUUGGUGGAAGAUCUGGUUGACUCAAUCAAGUUUGGUGUUAUUCUGUGGGUUUUAACUUACAUUGGUGGCUGGUUCAAUGGCAUGACUCUGGUUAUUUUAGCCUUCGUCUCGUUAUUCACUUUGCCAAAGGUGUACGAAAACAACAAACAAUCAAUUGACACAUACUUGGAUUUGGUACGAAGCAAAUUGACAGAAAUCACUGAGAAAAUAAAGGCAGCCAUUCCAAUUGGCAAGAAACCAAUCGCCGCCGAAUCAGACAAGGAUAAGUAAAGCACUUGAAAAUGCAAGAUAUUAACAGCAACAAUUUAUAUAUUGUCAUUGCAAUUACUAAACCUUAAGAGAAAAAACAUACUUAAGAACUUAAAUAAAAAGGCGCAUACACUCUCUCUCUUUCUCACACACAUACACAUAAACUCAUACAUAUGUAUAUGGAAA